GUUAUCCGUGGGCGUGGGUCAUAUAAAGGGAAGGGCGCUGCUGAUCGGUGCGAGGGCAGCGCGUUGCUUCUUCACGAAUCAACAAGCACAUCAUGACUUCUGCGGCUCUGGACGAGAAGACAGGUGCGAGCCAUCUCGAUGAUCUCAAGGGUGGAGAUGCGAAGCAGAUUGCGGAGCGGGGCCAGGUCGCGACUGACAUCUACGGCCACUCCCUCGUUCAGUUUGAUCCUAAGGCUGAGUCGCGUCUGAGAUGGAAGAUCGAUCUUUACAUCGUGCCUACCGUAGCUUUGUUGUACCUCUUCUGCUUCAUUGACAGGGCCAAUAUUGGAAAUGCCAAAAUUGCCGGCCUCGAGAAGGACCUCGGAAUGACUGGCUACGAUUACAACAUGGUGCUCUCUGUUUUCUACAUCAGCUACAUCAUCUUCGAAAUCCCGAGUAACAUGGCCUGCAAGUGGCUGGGCCCUGGAUGGUUCAUCCCGACCAUUUCCCUGGGCUUCGGCAUCUGCUCGCUCGGCACUGCGUUCGUGCACUCGAAGGCAGCGAUCUGCGGCGUGCGCUUCCUGCUCGGCGUGUUCGAAGCCGGCAUGUUGCCCGGCAUCGCAUACUACAUGUCGCGCUGGUAUCGCCGAAGUGAGCUCGCCUUCCGACUGAGUCUGUACAUCGUCAUGGCGCCUCUGGCCGGCGCUUUCGGAGGGCUGCUCGCGAGCGCCAUCUUGAAGCUCGACAGCUUCGGGAGUCUCCACAAGUGGCGCAUGAUCUUUGCGAUUGAGGGCAUCAUCACGUGCGGGCUUUCGCUGAUUGCGUUUUUCACGCUCACGGACCGCCCGGAGACGGCAAGGUGGUUGACGCAGGAGGAGAAGGAUCUUGCGCAUGCGCGGGUCAAGUCGGAGCGUGUGGGGACGACCGAGGUGCUGGAUCGCAUCGACAAGACGAAGACGCUGCGCGGCAUCUUGAGUCCCGUCACGCUGACCACAUCGUUCAUCUUCCUCCUCAACAACAUCACCGUCCAAGGUCUCGCCUUCUUCGCCCCCACUAUCGUCCAAACGAUUUAUCCAAAGGAUACCGUCAUCUCCCAGCAACUGCACACCGUCCCGCCCUACGUCGUUGGCGGCUUCUUCACCCUGCUCUUCCCCUUCCUCUCGUGGCGCUUCGACCGCCGCCUCGUCUUCUUCAUCUUCUCCGCGCCCCUCAUUAUGAUCGGCUACAUCAUGUUCCUAGCCUCAACCGACGCGCAGACGCGCUACGGCGCGACCUUCCUCAUCGCGAGCGGCGCCUUCGCCUUCGGAGCACUCUGCAACGCGCAGGUCUCCGCGAACGUCGUGUCCGAUACUGCGCGGGCUAGUGCUAUCGGCACGAACGUCAUGCUGGGCAACGUUGGGGGCCUGAUUAGCACGUGGAGCUUUUUGCCGUUCGACAAGCCGAACUAUCAUAUUGGGAAUGGGCUGAACCUCGCGACGAGUAGUUGUAUCUUGCUGCUGAGCAUCAGCUUGCUGUUCUGGAUGAAGUGGGAUAACAAGAAGAGGCAGGAGAAGAGUGUGGGUGUGGAUGAGGAAUUGGCUGGCUUGACGCAGCAGCAGCAGCAAGACCUUGACUGGAAGCAUCCCAGUUUCCGGUGGAGGCCGUGAGGGGAGCAUAUGCUUAUGCCGUGUGGAAGUGGUAAUCUUAGAAUGGGUGGGAGUUGUGGCUGGUUUUGUUCAUCCGGGUGUGCGUUUUGUAUACACAGAUGACAGCACGGGUGCAGCAUCAACGCUCUCCACUGAGAGGUCGUUGUACAUAUAUCAUCAAUGCCG